AGACGACCCGUUAUAUUAAUUUAAAAAAAAAAAAAAAAAAAUCUCGAAGAGAGAGAGAGAGAGAGGGAGAGAGAGAGUACAGAUGGAUCUGGUCUGUGAAGAGGGGAAAAUCGGCGAUUUGUUUUCUCUGUCUUGUUUCUAGAGAAUCUGAAUUUCAGAUAUCUUCUUGGGCUUCGUUCUUGCAUACGGCAGAGGAAUGGAGGAAAUGAGGAAUGCUAAUGGAAAUCCUCCUGCAAUUGUGAUCUCUCUAGAUGCUUCUCAACCUUCCCAAGCAUCUGGUAACAUUCGUGAAGAAACGACUGCCCCUGUUAUUCCUGAAAAGCCAGAGGCGGUCCAGCCAAGCACAGCAGCAACAGAUUCUGAUAUCUCAGCUGUUGAAAGCAUAUGUGAUGGUCCAUCACUUGAGAAGAACAGUCCUGCUCCUAUGGAGAACGCAGAUAAGUCGGAGCCUACUGUUGUGGAUGUUGCAACUGAGUCAUUGGAAGCACUAAAUUCUCCACCUUAUUCUUCACAUACUCCUGAGGCACAGCCAAGUGAUGCUCCACAGCUACCUGAGGAUGGUGUUUCUGCUAACAUUAAUGCAAAGACUCCUACCCCUCUUAUUGCUGAAAAACCAGAAACUGUCCACCAGAGCACAGUAGCAACAGAUUCUGAAAUAUCAGCUGUCGGAAGUGUUUGUGAUGGUCCAGCUUUUGAGAAGAACGCUCUUGUUCCUAUGGAGAAAGCAGAUAUAUCGGAGCCUAUAGCUGUGGAAGUUGCAGCUGGGUCAUUGGAAGCACUAAAGACUCCGCCUCAUUCUUCCGAUACUCUUCAAGCACAAUCAAGAGAUAUUCCACAGCUACCUGUGGACAGUGGUUUGGUUAGCAUUGCUGAUGUUCAGGUCGAUGUUGUAGUACCUUCAAAUGCCUCCAGCGGGGCAAGGGUUGCGGAAGAUAAUUCCCUCAUUGUGCCGUCUAAUGAGCUUGGUCAGCCCCAAAUGGAGGUUGCAAGUGUACCAAAUAAAAUGCCGGAACCCGUUGAUCCUUUGGAACAUGCCAAAAUGCCUGGCACCGUUGAUCACUCCGAACAUGUAAAACAGGCAAAACCCAUUGAUCCAUCGGAACAGAUAAAACAGGUUGAUGUAAACAGAGGCCUUGUAGACACUGCUGCGCCUUUUGAAUCUGUUAAAGAAGCUGUUACCAAGUUUGGAGGAAUCGUCGAUUGGAAAGCCCAUAAGAUCCGGACUAUGGAGAGACGUAAACUUGUGGAGCUUGAACUCGAGAAGGCACGUGAAAAGAUUCCAGAGUAUAAGAAACAGUCGGAGGCUGCUGAAGAUGCCAAAGCUCAAGUACUGAAGGAGCUAGACAGCACGAAGAGACUCAUAGAGGAACUAAAGCUGAAUCUGGAGCGAGCACAAACCGAAGAGGACCAGGCAAAACAGGACUCUGAACUUGCACGCCUCAGGGUCGAAGAGAUGGAGCAAGGAAUCGCUGACGAAGCAAGUGUCGCGGCCAAGGCACAGCUCGAGGUUGCCAAAGCCAGGCAUGCGGCUGCGGUCACUGAACUGAAAUUGGUGAAGGAUGAGCUAGAAGUACUGCGGGGAGAGUAUGCUUCUUUAGUCAGCGACAAGGACAUGGCCGUCAAGAGAGCUGAGGAGACAGUUUCUGCAGCCAAGGAAGUUGAGAAGGCAGUUGAGGAACUGACUUUGGAGCUUAUCACAGUGAAGGAGUCCUUGGAAUCUGCACAGGCAGCACACUUGGAAGCAGAGGAGCACAGAAUCGGUGCUGCCAUGGCUAGGGAGCAAGAUUCUCUGAAUUGGGAGAAGGAACUGAAGGAAGCCGAAGAGGAGCUGCAGAAGCUGAACGAGCAGCAUUUGUCAGCAAAGGAUCUGGAGUUGAAAUUAGAUGGUGCAUCCAAAUUUCUACUCAGUUUGAAAUGUGAAUUGGCAGCUUACAUGGAAGCGAAAUUGAAUAAAGAGAUCAAUAACAUUGAAAAAGAAGAUGAACUGCGGGAAGAAAUGAGGAAAACCCAAACAGAAAUACAAGCAGCAGUUGCUUCAGCCCAGAAGGAGCUUGAAGAAGUAAAGCUCAACAUUGAAAAAGCAAAGGACGAUGUGAAUUGCUUACGGGUUGCGGCCGUGUCACUCCAAUCGGAACUUCAGAAUGAAAAGGCAGCACUCACCACCAUGAGACAGAGAGAAGGAAUGGCAUCAGUGGCGGUUGCAUCCCUUGAAGCCGAGCUGGACAGGAUGAGGUCAGAGAUAGAGAAGGUUCUGGUGAAGGAGAAGGAAGCCAGGGAGAAGAUGGUGGAGCUGCCCAAGGCACUGCAGCAAGCAGCCCAAGAAGCUGAUAAGGCUAAGUCAGUUGCUAAAUUGGCAAGUGAAGAGCUACGGAAGGCGAAGGAAGAGGCAGAGCAAGCCAAGGCUGGUGCGAGCACCACGGAGAGUAGACUACAUGCAGCCUUGAAAGAGAUAGAGGCGGCAAGGGCAUCAGAGAGGUUGGCACUUGCUGCGGUCAAGGCAUUGCAAGAGAGUGAAACAGCUGCAAGCCCAGGAGCUAAGGAGGCGCCAAAUGGUGUGACACUCGCCUUGGAGGAAUACUAUGCACUUAGCAAGAGGGCCCAUGAGGCCGAGGAGCAGGCCAACCUGAAGGUGGCUGCUGCAAUAUCCCAGAUACAAGUGGCGAAGGAGUCCGAACUGAGAAGCUUGGAGAAGUUGGAGGAAGCAAAUAGGGAGGUGGCUGCAAGAAAGGAAGCACUGAGGAUGGCGACAGAGAAGGCCGAGAGGGCCAAGGAAGGGAAAUUGGGGGUAGAACAGGAAUUGAGGAAGUGGAGAGCAGAGCACGAGCGGCGGCGGAAAGCCGGUGAUGCUGCUCCCCCAGUUAUAAACCCUGGUAGAAGCCCACCAAGGAGCUUCGAGGAGAGGAGAGAACAGAAGAGCUUCGAGAAGGAUCAAAACACUGUCGUCAUUCCUCCCCAACCCAUAUCGAGCCCGAAGGUGUACAUGGCAGGAAACAAUGGAGAGAACGUUUCAUCAGAACUGAAGGUGAAGAAGAAGAAAUCACUAUUACCGAGUAUUGUCAUGCUCUUGACCAGAAAGAAGCGCAAUCAAUGAAGUGAACUGUUGUUGUAUGUGUGUUAUAAGCUUGUGUUGUUGUGUUUCUAUGUCUCUGCAUGCUUAUUCUUUAUGCUUGCCUGUGGGCAUUUGAGCUGGAAGAGGAAUCCUGGGUGUGUGGUGUUGGUGACCCGAGAAACCCAGUUUUCAGUCGGGAUUUGUCUGUACUUGUAUAGAUUGUGAGAAUUCCAUGUAUGAUAUAUGGAAGUUUUCGGGUUGUCGUCGGAAAAAACAAGGGAUGGUGAUAAUAAUCUGUGUAUUCUAUAGUUUUGGCAGAACUCAAUUGAGUGAAGCUGUUUGGGGUUGUCAUCUUACAAUAAAUGUGGUUGAGAUUGCUUGAGCA